UCGCUCGGACAGAAGCUUCUGUAGUAAGCUGUGGAGAAAUGCAGGCUGCACAGAGAGCAGGAGUGAAAGUAACAAUGCUUUGCGCGAUGCGAUGUAUUUAUAGCUGAGCCAGUCAUCGGACAACAAAGCAGAAGUGCACUUACCUUUCACUGCAGGGUAUCAGGUAUUUGUUUGUAUUUGUUCAAUUUUUGUCGUUUCGGUGGCUGGGCUGUUGGGGACUAGUGCUGAACUCUGUCCUCAGAGGAGAGGGCUUUUUGUGGUUUGUUCUGGUUUGAAUCAGCUGUGCUAAAAUUAACCCUUCAAAAACUCUGAAGAGUGGAAAGGAUGGUCGAUCCCACAGCUAAAGAGGACCUCUCCUCCACUUUGGACUCCAGCUUGUAUGAUGAUGUCCAGACUCUUUUCAAAGAGAUGAAGAGCGAGAGUUGUUCCCGCAAAGGAAUGCUAGUAUGGAACCUCCAAAGGAAGGUAGAAGUCAAUCCUUCCUGCAGCCUUUCAAUAAUCUCAAUUCUGGUCCAAAAGCUGGAGAAGAAGCUAACAAAAGUUUCCAAGCUCCAUGAGAAAAAAACCUACAUGUCUGUCAUCCCAGUGCUGCACACGCUCUACUAUGUAGUCAUUCAGUCAGGUGUCACAAUUCCUAAAGGCCUUUAUCACAAAGCGUAUGAGUGUUUGGGGAAACUGCUGAUACUGCCAUCGCCAUACUCCGCUGUGGCUCUGCACACUCUGAGGAGCAUCAAGAUGGAAAUGACUGCACCAGGAUCUCUGUACCUGAAGAGAGUCAUCGCAGAGCAAAAUAUCAAGAGUCAGCAUUUUGCUGCGAGGGAAAAAGUGUUUGUGCUGGCAGACCCAGCUGUGUUUUCUGUUUCACUGGAAGCUACGGUUAGAGCAUACUUGGAAGUGUCACGCCGGCUCACAAACACACGGACUAUGGAGAAAAGCAUGCUUUUCCAUGUGCUGCAGACAGGGUUAGAGAUGACCUGCCAAAGCUCCAGACUGGCUCAAGCUCUUGAGGUUUUAGAGGACCAUGAUGUCAGGCAAUAUUUCCAGAAUGUGGUUGAAACUGUGAAGCAGAGUUUACAGCAUGGUCCCGGCAGUCGUGCAGAUUAUCUGAAGGGGCUGCAGCAGAUAUACAAAGACAUCUUGGCUGCCUCUGAAAAAGAUGUAAUGAAUGAUGAACAAGGUCCUGUGUACAGCACUACAGUGCCCUUGCCAGAGAUGAACUUCCUCAUGUGGACAGAUGAAGAGAUGCUAUGGAAUCUGUUGGCAGAUUUUGCGCUAACUUCUGGCUCCAACUUCAUCAAGGAUGGCAAAGAAAGGAUCUCAAGAGACAGCGGGAUAGUGAAAGACUUAGAGGACCCAGACGACGCAGUGCAGCCACCUUACACGGCUCAAAAGACACUGCGGGAACGGAGAAAUGCCAUAAAGAGCUCAAAGUCUGCAGAAAAACUGAGUCUGAUGAAGGAGAAGAUGAAGGAAGAUGUUACCGGAAACUCGCCUCUACUCAAAGAGGAGCGAAGUCACACGGCUCGAGUGGUGGUACUGGGGGACGAUAGCACCCUGGGAAAGCUCACCAAGGCUUAUUAUGUCAUACGCAAGAAAGAGGCCAAACGUAACAUGCUGACCAAGAAACUAGACCUGCAGCUGUACUACAUCCCAGUCUCUGAAGCAGAGGCUUCAGCGAGUUCACCUGAUGAGAGCAGGUUGUCUUUGGCGUCCUGUUUGGAGAGAGUGGAUCCAUGGUACAGUGUCAACGUUAGCAGUCUGGGAGCUGCCAUCCCCACGCUACCUGAGCUGCCUUCUGUUUCCAGGAAACCGACAGAGCUGAGCCUUUACCUGUUGGACACCCUGUGUUACUACCUUCGCUGUGGGACACAGCCAGUUAACCUCCCGGUCUAUUCAGUUAAGAUGACCCGCUCCAACUCUGAUCUGGCCUCAGUGGAGGAGCUGUUUGUGUCCCACCUGGAGGCCGACAUCCCAGAUUUCAGACACCUUAAAGACCGGCAGCAGAGGGAACCCUCUGUACGACAAAAGAAGUCAUCGAUGGAACUCUUUGGGGUGGUUCUGUCAGUCAACUACACAAAGGCCACUUUAAGCAAGCGAGAAGUUAAAGGAGAAGCAUCUAUGACCUGGCGUGUGGUGAUUACCUCAGAGCCGGCAGCUUCAGCAUCAGGGGAGAGUUACCUGACUGCGAGUUUUGACUCUCUGAACCCCGCAUACAACACAAAAAUCGAAACUCAAAACAUCAGCAUCAGGACAAUGGAGCAACGAACACUCUGUGUGUGUCUGGACAAAGACCCUCGCAGGACAUACACCGAUGUCCAAAAAAUAGAAAUCUCUCCGUGCUUGGACCCUGGUUGCACCAUUCGGUGUAGGUACAGCAUCGGCAGCGAGCAACAGCUGCCACUCAGCAAGUAUCUGGACAAAGUCAUGUCACUGCCAAUCAACAGCUUCUCUGGUGUUAGCAUGUGAGGGACACAGGCUGACUGCUUCACAGUCAUCUUAAUGUUACAUUAGCAAAGGAUAUCCAUCCAUCCAUCCAUCCAUCCAUCCACCCAUCAGUUCAUUUUCUUCACCUCUCAUACAGUUCAGGGUCAUGGUGGGCUAGAGCUAGAGGCAGAGGGGGGUCACCUGAAUAAGUCACCUCUACAUUGCAGAGUACAAUCAUCUACACUGUCUUCUGUUUAGUAACAAUAAUGUUAAUCCCUUUGGAUCCUCUUAAUUUAGUAACACAUGAUUAUUUGGAUUAAAGUGCCAUAAUUUCUCUCGCUAACUGAAUUCUAACAAAUCCUGUGAUAAGAGUUAACAGUUGGUUAACAGUAGUUAGGUUCUACUAACUAAGAAUGCAGAGCGAGUCUGCAUGUCGAAGUAUCCCAAUGCAUCGAUCUACCCCUGAGUGUGUGAAUGUUAGAGGUGUGUAUGCAACAGGAAAAAAGUGCUUGUAUGAACGGGUGUGAUUGGUUGAAUGAGGCUUGCGGUAAAAUGUGCUUUGAGUGUUCGUAUUAAAGCUCUACAUAAGUACCUGUCCAGUUACUGUGCUUCAAAGACAAAGUACUACAGUAUCCAGGUGCUUGUUACCUGUGGCCAUUUUUCACUAAUAAACUUUAUAUUUUAUAA